AUGUCCUCCCUGCGGAAUCCCGUGCUUCGCGCGGUGCCGAGUGGCCUCCCGUUCCGGUCUAGCGUCAUCACGUGCCUUCCAGGCUCAGCGUCGAACAAACAAACGGCGUCUUCCUUUCACCUCGUGGACGCUCUGGUCCUUUCAGUCCAAUGUAGGAAAACAAUGGCUCAGCCGGCGGCAACUGCCGCAGCUGUAAGCUCUUCUUCCACCAUGUCGACCGGAGCUAAGGAUGAAUUUGGUGAUCACGAUGAUAGCAUCUCCACGACCUCUACUUUGUCAAGUGAACAACAGUCCGAAUAUGAAGUGGAGACCGUCUUUGCCGAAAAGCAAUUUCCGGACGGCAUGAGGUACCUGGUGAAAUGGGCCGGUUACCCCAUGUCCCGAUGCUCCUGGGAGCCUGAGGAGUGCUUCAAUACCCCCGUCACUCUGUUGGAAUGGUGCCAGAAAAAGCGAGCCAUCCACGAAGGCAAGGCGGCCCCAUUCGACCAUAACGAAUGGCAGAGAGAACAAGAUGCCCAGGAGCAGGCUAAGCUCAAUCGACGGCAGCGGAGAGAUGAAAAAAGGAAGAGAAACCAGCUCCGCGCCCGGAAUAGAAGCAAUCCCACUUCACCUACUAUGGCUACCGCCGAGAGACCAGACUUGCAUAAUCGUCCUCAAUCACCUUCUCGAGUCUCUGUCCCAUCAAGUCAUCCCCGAAUCAGAGCCAGUCCUCCUCCUGUUCUGUUUGGAGGCGGCCAGAGCAACCAGAGGACCGUCCACCCUCUCCGUCUUAGGAGACCUAAUGACGAGCCGCCCACAAAGCAUUUCAACCUGUCAACCAAGCGGCGCUAUGAGAAGGCGAAAACAGAUGAGGCUGCUCCUAAUAUAAACCAAAUGAAACUGAUUCGUCCGUCGGAAUUUCCUCCUCGAUCGUCUGUCAGUGCCGUCAAAACUGGUUUUCCUGAAGGCCCGCCCAAGACUGAAAAAGCGGGCGAGUCAUCAAUGCGCAAUGGCACUUCUUCAACCUAUGGCCAACAUCCCGCGCCCCCGCUUAUAGAUUCCUCUUUAUCAACUCGCGCCUCAUCCGAUGUCUGCAGGUCACGCCCUUCACAAGGGAAUACCAGCGAAAAGUUGGACCACUUGGGCGAUAGAGAGGAACUGGUUCUGCCCGAAAGAGUUCCUGGUCCACGGAGUUACGUCACGUAUAACAAAAGGUUCUUCAAUCCCGACGAGGUGCUGGUAAAUCUGUAUUAUGGACCGGAAAAGAAAGAUAUCGGCGAUGCCAGACUCUGUGGCCUUACUCCUCCGACGAAAAGCCGAAUCCUAAACAAGAAAAAAGACGCAUCGGUGGAAAUAUGGUUUCAGCACCUUUGUACGCUCGAUGACUACCAAAGACUUUGUUAUAAUACAGGUAACCAGAACUUUUGCACUGGCUGGAUCGAAGGAUUCAAUGAUACAGAGCAGAAUGUUUUCCGCAUGGCGCAAGAUCUUGGUCAAAGGGGCCUGUUGGCGGUUUCCAUUCCCGAUUUGGGGUUUCAAAACGUUUUGCUUGCUUAUCCGCCUGAUUCAAGAGACUUCAGCUUCCUCCAGAACAAUUUUAAUCGACGCCCGGAAAGUUGUCUUUACUUUACCGCAAGAAGCCACCUGAACCCGAUCGAGCUAGGACUAUUGGAUGGACGUACGAAGAAAAACCAGGCAUUCACCAGAAUCCAGCCAAGACUGUCCAUCCACAGCCCUGUGAAUGAAACGCCGUCUUCGACUAACGCUCAGGGGAAGACCCCAAAUCAUUGUAAUGCAAAAGUUCCCGAAGCACCCGCCUUGCCCCUUCCUCAUCGCUCAAGGUUAGUUGGUGUCGAGCCACACGAGACGCAAGGUGCAUCUCACGUGAACCCCAUCUUAUCACCUUCAUUCGACAAGUUCUCCGACAGCUUUGGCGAGCCUAUGGCACUUGAUUAUCCCCAUCCUCCUCCGAUAGGCCCGGCUAGCCCUGUUCCUAGCUCCGACCAUGAGCCGAGCCUUCCAGGAACCGGCCAGGACGCCGCAGAUUUUGAUUUGAAUAUCUUCUUUCAGAAGCAGUAUGGUGUGACCUUCUCAAUGUUACUCGACUCAAAGCAGACGGCCGGUUUCUACGUCAUGUAUCCGGGUCUUUCUGGAAACGCCGACCAGCAAUGUGACGAGCAGUGCGAGAUCUUGAUGGCAUUUCUCCAGAAACACACAUCGCAAACGUAUUCUAGUCGUCAAUCUAAAGAUUGGGAGACUUUCACCUUGAUGGAGCGCGGUGUGGCGUUGUUCCACGAGAAUUUCGUUGAUUUCGCCUCCCUCCCCUCAUUGAACAGCCUCCUUCUAAAGAACAUCACCUUUUGGAGUUUCUCCUUAUUCGCCCCGCACGAGUAUGCUGGUCACCCAGCACACUUCCAGCGCAUAUUUCCCCACGGAUGCAUAUUCCUAUUGCCCGAAGACGCGAUGCUCCGAAAGCUAGAGAAGACCAUUGCCUUUCUCGCCUGGUUCCGAGACAGCUCGAAGAAAAAAUUCCCAGGGACUUGGAAACUGAUGGUGCGACCAAACAUCCUGGAGUGGGUGUUAAAGCAGUAUGAUAGGGAUCAUCCGUCAAGACGGGCAUUAUGGAUUACAAUGCACUUUUUGAUCUCGGACCUUGGCCUGACUGCCAAUGUGGACAUCGACAUGAACACCGGUGUUUUGGAGAAAGCCGUUAUUUCGCCGAAUCUCCCGUCGUACAGCUCUUCCUCCGUCGACGACCAGACAGAUAAUGCCAACGGCUUAAAUCAAGAGCACAGAAAAGCUGACAGGCUUGCCGAGUUCUUUGCGGGCUGGGCCCUUGUUAACCGUCAUCAAUUUCGAAGAUUUGUCAUUGUUUCUGGGAUCGAACCACCUGAACGCUGGAAAACAUGGCAGCAUAUGAUCAUUUAUCAUGGCUAUAGAGCCACCAUGGCGACUUAUAAAAUCGACUAUGAGCUCCACUGGUCUAAACUUGGGGGCCAAAGGGGAGGGCCCUCGACUGAAGAUAAAAUGCCAAAAACUCCCUCGGCCUUCACUCCUCAGGCUCCGAGAGCGAGUGGCUCUAGGUCGGAACAACCCUCGAUAACAACUCCUAUGACACACGACUAUCCGCAGCCUUACAAGUGA